UUCAUCAAUCACAAAGCUGGGAUGGCCGGGGUUGACCAAGAGAGAGUGAAAGCUGUCGUGAAGGAGUUGACCCGCGGUGGGCAGCACCAUCGUGAGGAGAGCAGGAAGGACGCGAACACUGAAGAGUCUAUCGCCAAGAUGAAAGAAAUGUAUGCAUCGCUCUCGGCAACUCGUAUCCGCGAGAUUGAGGGAAGCGUCAGGUGUCGCAUCGGUGAGAUGGAGGCCCAACGAGAUCUCUCGCGGACUUGGAUCCAUGUCGACAUGGAUGCUUUCUUCGCGGCCUGCCAUACAUUGGAACGCCCAGAGCUGGCGUCGGUGCCGAUGGCGGUGGGCGGAAUGUCCAUGAUUUCGACUGCAAACUACGUCGCCAGGAAGGCCGGCGUCCGGAGCGCCAUGCCGGGGUUCGUAGCGGUUAAACUUUGUCCUGCCCUCGUCUUUGUCAGGCAGGACUUUGAACUCUACCAAAAAUACGCUGCGAUGCUCAGGGAGGUGUGGAGGGUGUACGAUAAAGAGUUUGAUUGUGGGUCCCUCGACGAGGCGUACCUUGACGUCACUGAAUUCAUGUCGAGGACCGGGAUGGAUGGUGGGGAAGUCGCGGCUAAACUUAGGUCAGAUGUGGAGACAAAAACACGAUUGACGUGCUCUGCGGGUGUGGCACCGACGAGACGACUCGCUAAGAUUUGUUCGGACUGGAACAAACCAAAUGGCCAAUUUGUACUCGAACGUUCGAGGGAGGCGGUGAUUUCUUUUCUCUCUGACCUUCCCGUGCGGAAGGUCGGAGGCGUAGGAAAAGUUCUGGAGGGGAAGCUUUCAGCGUUUCAGAUAAGAACUUGUGGACAGCUCAGACAGUCACUGAACGUGAUUGCGGCGGUAUUCACACCCGCAACUAUUGACUUCCUCUUCAGUGUUGCCCUCGGAACAGGCACUGAACAACGACCUCCAGAUGCCCAAAGAAAGGGGCUCGGGCAUGAGCGAACCUUUGCCCCUACUUCUGAUCCACGUUUCAUCGAGGCAAAACUGCAUGGCCUCGCCGAAGAUGUUGCAAAGGAGCUUCAAAAAGAAAACCUGAAGGCUCAGACCGUGACGCUGAAAAUUAAGAAAUCAAAUUUCGAAGUGAUGCAACGGCAGCUCACUGUACCGUCGUCGAACGCCGCAAAAGUGAUUGCGGAAGCGGCCAUUCUCCUGCUUCGGAAAGAACGUCCCUACGGUGCUCUUCGCCUCGUUGGGGUGA